UCUCAUCUCUGCGCUCCAGCGUGCAGGCAGUGACUGCUGCUGUCUCGCGGCUUUUGGAGAGCUUGCACGCGCGCUGUAUGGAUGCUGAAUCUCUGGCGCUGCUGUAAACGCGACACGGAAGAAACAUGUCGAACAAUCCUCACGACCCGUUCUACUCGUCCCCGUUCGGACCCUUCUACCGGAGACACUCGCCGUACAUGGUGCAACCUGAGUACCGGAUCUAUGAGAUGAACAAGCGACUCCAGUCCCGGACUGAGGAGAGUGACAGUCUGUGGUGGGACGCAUUUGCUACAGAGUUUUUUGAGGAGGACGCCACAUUGACGCUUUCAUUUUGCCUGGAGGAUGGACCAAAAAGAUACACGAUCGGACGAACGCUUAUCCCUCGUUACUUCAGCACGGUGUUUGAGGGAGGUGUGUCAGACCUUUAUUACAUCCUAAAACACUCCAAAGAGUCUUUCCACAACUCCUGCAUCACUGUGGACUGCGAUCAGUGUACCAUGGUCACGCAGCACGGCAAGCCAAUGUUCACCAAGGUGUGUACGGAGGGCCGAUUGAUUUUGGAGUUUGCCUUUGACGAUCUGAUGAGGAUUAAAACAUGGCACUUCAACAUCAGACAAUAUCGAGAACUCAUCCCAAGAAGCAUUCUUGCCAUGCACGCACAAGACCCUCAAGUCCUGGAGCAGCUUUCCAAAAACAUCACCCGUAUGGGACUGACCAACUUCACCCUAAACUACCUCAGGUUGUGUGUCAUCCUGGAGCCAAUGCAAGAGUUAAUGUCUCGACACAAGACGUACAACCUCAGCCCGAGAGACUGUUUAAAGACCUGUUUGUUCCAGAAGUGGCAAAGAAUGGUGGCCCCUCCAGCUGGACAUCCACAGAACUUCAAAACGGAAAUUUUCCCCACAAAUCACAAAAAAGAACCCACUCGACAGACCACAACCAAGAGAAGAAAAAGAAAGAACUCAGCCAGCAGUGCGUCUAACAGUAGCCUAGGCAACAGUGCUGGCGGCAAGAAACGCAGCCCUGCCAACAACUUUACUCUGACCAGCCAGGUACCUGAUGUGAUGGUGGUGGGUGAGCCCACCCUGAUGGGUGGCGAGUUUGGCGAUGAGGACGAGCGCCUGAUCACGCGGCUAGAAAACACACAAUACGACGCCACAAAUGGCCUCGACGAUGAUGACGACUUUACGAGCUCGCCGGCGCUCGGAAACAACAGCCCGUGGAACAGCAAGCCACCGACAGGACAGGACAGCAAGCCAGAGAGCACAGCCUCUCAGCCAUCUCAAUAGGAGGCAAUUGAAGCAACCACCAGGGCGGCGCUAUCUCUAUCUGACCUCACUUUAUACCCCUAAUGAUGUACAUCUCACGUCAUGGUGUUAAUGAUUCACCAUUUUUCUGACUAUUCUGCUUCAUUUUCUGGAUGACAUUUAAGAAAACUGACCAAAUUUUGGCCGCAAUAUUUCUCCAUUGGAUUCUUUUGAAAUCAUCUGGUUAGGUUUAAAAGCAGCGCAGAAAUGUGACUCUUGGAUGAACCUACAAGGCUGAAUUUAUCGAACGCGAAAUCUGCAUUUACAGGUGAGACCUGAAGCCGGGACAACUUCAGCUUAGUAAUCAAUGUAAAAGCUAUCGUCCGUCUCGCAGUUAAGCACACAUCUCCAUAGUGACUCCAGAUGGUAACCGCAGCCAAUGGCUGAAGAGAUGGUCAUGCUCAUUGUCUUUUCACUGGAGACUGGAACUGCAAAGGCAUCCACUGAGACCAAUCCCUGAACAUUUGCAUUUUUAUUGGAAAUUCGUUUGUCUAUUGUCUUUUCCCUCUGCUUUCAAUUAAAAGUGAACCUCAAUGCGUUCCUUCAACUCAACAGACUGUAUUAACUAUAAAGACAGCUUUGGUCGUUUGUUUAAAAAGCAUUGCGUGUUGCCAUACAGAUUGAACUUUCUCCAAAUAUUUCUAUAUUUCAUUUCUCCGUCAAUUUU